UGUCAUAAAUUUCACCUCAAAAGUAUUAGUAAUUUUAAUUAUAAAAAGUUGCGUUUAAAGGUCUUUAAAAAAGACCACGAAAACCAAGAUAAAAACUGCCGACUACUGUGUAAAUAUGAUAAAGAAUAUUUUUGUGAUCGAUGACGAUAUUUCGCAUUUAAGCGAUGACCGCGAUAAGAACGCAAACAGUCGUUGUCGAUCGUCGGAACAGUUAAGAACUUCAAUAGAUCUAAAAAAAUGAGUAAAGCCGAGUGGGAAAACAAUGAGGAAAUAAAAAUAUUCCGCGAAUAUUUGCGCAUUCCUUCGGUGCAUCCAAAUGUGGAUUACACACCUUGUGUGGAGUUCUUGCAACGUCAAGCAGCUAGUCUAGAACUGCCUGUUGAAAUUGUUUAUCCGGUGAACAAGCAAAAUCCCGUUGUGCUCAUCAAAUGGGAGGGAACUGAGCCCGAGUUGCCCGCCAUCAUUCUCAACUCUCACAUGGAUGUUGUGCCCGUGUUUCGCGAGAAGUGGACUCACGAUCCCUUUGCUGCUGAGAUUGAUGACGAGGGACGCAUCUUUGCUCGAGGUACACAGGACACCAAGGAGAUUGGCACACAGUAUUUGGGUGCGAUUCGUGUGUUGAAGGCGCAAGGAUUCAAGCCAAAGCGCACGGUUUAUGUGAGUUUUGUGCCGGAUGAAGAAGUGGGAGGUUAUUUGGGCAUGCGUGAGUUUGUCAAGACGGAAGAUUUCAAGAAGCUGAACUUGGGAUUCAGCAUGGACGAGGGUUCAUCCAGCUUGGACAGUGGCUACUACGUUUACUAUGCAGAGCGCACUGCCUGGCAUUUGCGCUUCAAGAUCAGCGGCACUGCUGGCCAUGGCUCCAUUCUGUUGCCCAACACAGCAGGUGAAAAGUUCACAUUUAUCAUAGAGAAAAUGAUGCAAUUCCGCAAAACAGAAGUUCAAAGAAUGGCGCGAGAUUCGCAGCUUUUCUUUGGCGAUGUGACCACCAUAAACAUGACAAUGGUCAAUGGAGGUUUGCAGAAUAAUGUGGUGCCUGCUCAGUUGGAAGUUGUUUUCGAUCUGCGCAUUGCCAUCGAUGUGGAUUUGGAGGCACUCGAGAAGCAAAUACGCGAUUGGUGCGUCGAAGCAGGCGGCGGCAUUGAACUGGAGUUUGAGCAGAAAGAUGAAUAUGUACCGCCCACAAAAGUAGACGAUUCGAAUCCCUUCUGGCUAGCCUUCAAGCAGGCAGCUGAAGAGCUCAACAUUGAAAUCCGUCCACAUGUCUGUCCUGGCAACACGGACAGUCGCUUCUUGCGCUCGAAUGGCAUUCCGGCUCUUGGUUUCACGCCCAUCAACAACACGCCCAUUUUGCUGCAUGAUCAUGAUGAAUACAUUCGUGCCGACAGCUAUUUGCAUGGCAUUGAGGUCUACACGAAGGUAAUUGCAGCCAUUGCGAAUGUUUGAGCACACACAUAUUAAGUAUACGCCACCAUUUUAGACAUAAUUAAUCAUUAAAUUUCUAAGGUAUUAUUUAAUGCGUUAGCUAAUUAAUAAAUAAAUUUGUCGGUAAAUAAAAACAAUCAUUCAAGUGAAAUAUGCUUGAAUC